AUGUCCUACCCACCAUCCGUGUCUGGCUCCUUGAUCUUCCAGGACGGCGCCACCGAGCGUGAUUUUAUCGCCGUGAGCGCACAACGUAGUGCAAUCCCAGACCUCUACUACGAGUUUAAAACGAGCUCGACCCUCACCGGCAAUGGCUCGCAGCUUCAGACGGUCGUCCAGACUAGGGCCGCUAGUGGACAGGCGCCUCUACUCGUGCUAGCCCAAAUGGAAUGGACGUCGCGACAUCUCGGAAAUACAAAAAUCCUCAUCACCCGUCCACCCGUGGAAAUGACAUCUGCGUCGUUUUGCAUCCCAGCGAAGGAACCGGGGCGCAGAUAUUUUUUGAUGGAUUUGACAGGAAGCGGCACAAAGUCUCAAUACGUCUGGGCACGCGAUAAAUCGAGUUACACGCUCACUGGCCCCGGAAAUACACUCCUCGCGCGUUAUGAGCGGAACCAAACAUCCUCCCAGCCGCCACACGCCUGCAUGGACAUCUUCUUCCAUGACAAGACGUUGCUGCUCAUGGCCCUGGUUACUCUGACGCUAAACCGAUGGCUUGACGGCCCAAACUCACCAUAUCCAAAUGCAUAG